CAAACAUGAAAAUUCAAUAUAUAAUAAUAAAAAUAAUAAAUAAAAAUAAUUUUAAUAAAAAUAAUUAUUAUAUAAUAAUGCUCAAAUAUAAUUAUUUAUAACAACAAUAAUAAUCAUUGGUCGUGCAACCUCGAAACUCGAAAUCCAACUCGUAACUGGUCAUCCUAAGGGGGUUCUCGUGCCUAACUUUAAAUUGAAUAUGGUCAAACUUAGUCAAACACGUUCGAAUCUGUAAGUUUUAACUACUUAUUAAAGUAAAUCGAGUUAACUAAACUGUUCCUCUCUAUCUUUUCAACAAAUGCUUCUUAUCUCUAAUUUUCAAUGCAAAUUCGGGUCAACUAAGAGAUAUCGAUUUGACGAGGCGAACAUUGACAAACUUGCUCUUUGAGUCAAACGGUCAACCCCAAACAACUUCUACACUAAUAAAGAUAUAAGAAAAAUUAAUAAUAUUAAUUAUUAUGUAAUUAUAGUCUAAUUAAAAAUUCAUAAUUCCCCUCCUCCCCCUUCCCCCUCCCUUCCUUCCUUCCCUUGCACCCCAAUUUGGGGGGUAAGCCGAAACAGUGAAUUUACGCUCACGUUUUGCACCCCCCUACUGUUACAAAAUAACCAAACGGGGGUAAACACCUUGGAACUUGUGUUUACCCCUCCAAACUUGCACCCCCUUCCAUUUACACCCCUUCCCAAACAUAGUGUAAGAAAAGUUUCAUCUUUGUGGCGAAGUGGACAUUCCCUUUCUAUGGAUUAGAGUUUGCAUAUGGGUAAAACGGGUACCCACAUUACCCAAACGGGUAUUUGCGGGUAACCCGCGAGUACCCAUAUUAGGAAUGUACAAUCCCAAGUCCCAUCCGUUCAUAAUAUUACGGGUAAUAUGGGUACCCGUAACCCUUACAAAACGGGACGGGUACGGGUAUACCCAAAUACUCGUUUCCCGUUGCCCACCCCUAGGCCUAGUAGAAAGUUUGGCAGUUUGACUUCGUGGCCACGAGGUCUAAUUUAGCUAGAGUUAGGCAGGUUAUUCUUUAAGUAACUUUCUUGUCUUACCAGUCUCAUUAUUCAUGUAUAAUAUUUAUCAUUUUACUCAGCUCUUUUAAUUAGGCACGUAAAUCUAUUUAUAUUCCGACAAAUAGCACACUCUUCUUAUUGAAAAAUUAAAGAAUCUCAUUUCCAACCAAUCAAUUUGUUUCACGCAAUCUUAAUUUAAUUAACCAAUGCCAUCAACCCUUAUGUGGUGCUCGCAGCCGAUAUUCUUCAUCAAGGAGUAGUCAACUCAUAUCUGGCAGAGCUCCUCCCUGUUAGAGAUGCUAUCACCAUCCUCGCCUCAAGUUCCUUGAUUCACGUGAUACUGGAAGUUGAUUGGUCAUCAACCAGAUCCGGCAAGAUGUCAUAGAAGGUUCCUUCGGAGAUCCGGUACUCCGAAAGUGUCGUCAAAUCCUAGACUCUUUGUUAGUUUGUAUAGAGUUUGUGGCGGUUCCUAGAGCCACAAACAGUGCUGCCCAUAGAGUGGCGUUUAAAACACUGCUAUUGUCUUCCAAUUUUUGGAUGGAUUCACUAGGGUGUUGCUUGUAUGAAAUUACUGAAUAGUUCUAUUUGUAUAAUUCUUGUUCUAUAUUGAUAUUACUCGAAAAUAAAAUAAAAAAGAUGUAGGAAAAUUAAAAUAAAAAACAAGACAUUCGUGACAAACAUUUUUCCGUUAAUAAACAACCAUGCAACAUUUCCUCUUCCGAGAAACAGAGUCCUAAAACAGAGAGAUACCAGAGGCCAAAGUGAAGAAGCUACAGAGUAGCAGCAGAGCUGGCAAUGGAGGUCGACGCUUCCAUCUACGUCUCCAUUUCCCUCAUCUUCCUCGCCGCCGUAGCUUUCAAAUUCCAUCGCGGCGCCAACAACACAUCUCCCGCCAAAAACAGCCUCCAACUGCCACCGAGCCCUCCCAACCGCCGCGCCCUCCCUUUCCUCGGCCACUUGCACCUCCUCAGCAAACCCGUCCACCGUUCUCUACACAAUCUCUCCCACACCGGCUCCGGCGCCGUCAGAUUCCCAAUCAUGUGGAUCCAGUUCGGCUCCCGGCCCGCCGUCGUCGUGUCGUCCUCUGCCGCCGCCGAAGAAUGCUUCACCUGCAAAAAUGACGUUGCUCUGGCCUAACGUCCCCUGCUUAUGGUUGG